CGUAGCGGGCUGUCCCAUGCCAUCAGCGAUGACCAGGAUGACCACAGUACCCGGCUAGGAGCAGGGAGUCCCGGAGAGCCGUGUCCCGGAGCGGGGUGUCCCCGUCGGGGUCGCCGGGAAGGGACGAGCCGUUCCGAUGUGUCGCCUCGCGAGCGGCUCGGGACCUCCGAGCCGCCAGGGGGCGACGCAUGUCACUGCCGCCAUGCUUUGUACUUCCGCGGCGGGCCGGAAGCACCCGCCCUUUCUCGGCAGAGCGCAGCCAUGGCCCGCGGCCCCAAGAAGCAUCUGAAGCGCGUGGCUGCACCCAAGCACUGGAUGUUGGACAAGCUGACGGGCGUCUUCGCUCCCCGCCCAUCAACAGGCCCGCACAAACUGAGGGAGUGCCUUCCCCUUAUCAUCUUCCUUCGCAACCGGCUGAAGUAUGCUCUGACGGGAGAUGAGGUCAAGAAGAUCUGCAUGCAGAGGUUCAUCAAAAUAGAUGGCAAAGUCCGCACCGACAUCACCUACCCUGCAGGCUUCAUGGAUGUCAUCAGCAUUGAGAAGACAGGUGAGCAUUUCCGCCUGGUGUAUGAUACCAAGGGCCGGUUUGCUGUUCACCGCAUCACACCUGAGGAGGCCAAGUACAAGCUGUGCAAGGUGAGGAAGAUCUUCGUGGGCACCAAAGGAAUCCCUCACUUGGUCACUCAUGAUGCCCGCACUAUCCGCUAUCCAGACCCCCUCAUCAAGGUGAAUGAUACGGUCCAGAUUGACUUGGAGACAGGCAAGAUCACAGACUUCAUUAAGUUUGACACAGGUAACCUGUGCAUGGUGACCGGCGGUGCAAACUUGGGCCGUAUUGGGGUGAUCACCAACCGGGAGAGGCACCCUGGGUCAUUUGAUGUGGUUCAUGUGAAGGAUGCCAACGGCAACAGCUUUGCCACCCGGCUGUCCAACAUCUUCGUUAUUGGCAAAGGCAACAAGCCAUGGAUCUCCUUGCCCCGUGGAAAGGGCAUCCGCCUGACCAUUGCUGAAGAGAGAGACAAGAGACUGGCGGCCAAACAGAGCAGCGGAUAAAGUCCAGCUCAGGCUGGCUCUGGUGCUGUCAGUGUGUUAAUUAAACUGUUUACUACAUG